UCAAGGCUGAGCUGCGGGAGGAACUUUCUUCGGGGAGGGAAACUUUAACGCGACUCUCCCGGCUCGACCGCACCACAAAAGCCCGUCGCGUCCACUCUGGAGCUUCCAUUCACCUGAAGUUACUUGCGACAACAACAACAACAAAAAGGAUGUAUUUCUACUGAAAAGAGGAGACGCCUUCAAGUUGCUGGGAACUUUUUCCACCGAAAUGGAAGGGAAUAUUCUAUGGAUUAUUUUGUCUUUUUUAUUGUUCAUGCAUCGUUCUGAAGGUUUUCGUUGCACGGAUAAAUACAGGCCCUGUGAAAACGGAGGGACGUGUUUAGAGUCGCCCUCCCGAUGCAUAUGUCGUCCUGGAUUCAUCGGUCCACUCUGUCGACACCAAGAUCCUUGCCAUCGAUCACCUUGCCUUAAUGGGGCUGCUUGUAAGAGCCAAGUGGUCAACAGUAUCCCACAGUACAGCUGUGUGUGCCAGAGAGGCUUCAGAGGCCAAGACUGUUUGCUCAUUGACGCCUGUGCCACCAGUCCCUGUGCAAACGGCGCCCGCUGUGCCAACUGGAACAACCACUACAACUGCUCCUGCCCACCUGGCUUCCAGGGAAAGAACUGCCGCAGCGACGUGGACGAGUGCCGCAAGCCCGGUGUGUGCCUCAACAGCGGCCUCUGCAUCAACACGCACGGGUCCUUCCGCUGCCAGUGUGCACCUGGGUACAGCGGGCGGACGUGCGAAGUGUCCACGCUGCCCUGCGCCCCCUCCCAGUGCCUCAAUGGAGGGACUUGUCGCCAGACCAGUGACCAUUCCUAUGAAUGUGCCUGCCUGCCAGGUUUUCAGGGACACAACUGUGAAAAUAAUGUGGAUGACUGUCCUGGCCACAAGUGUAUGAAUGGAGGGAUUUGCGUGGAUGGAGUCAACACAUACAACUGCCAGUGUCCACCUGAAUGGACAGGGCAAUACUGCGCUGAGGAUGUCAACGAGUGUCUAAUGCAACCAAACGCCUGCCACAACGGGGGGACUUGCUUCAACACCAUCGGGGGCCACACGUGCGUCUGCGUUAACGGCUGGACAGGCGACGACUGCAGCGAGAACAUCGACGACUGCGCCAUAGCCGUGUGCUUCAACGGCGCCACCUGCCAUGACCGAGUUGCUUCCUUCUUUUGCGAGUGUCCUGUCGGCAAGACGGGUUUGCUGUGCCACCUCGAGGAUGCAUGUGUGAGCAAUCCUUGCAACGAGGGGGCCGUGUGCGAUACCAACCCCCUUAACGGCCGUGCCAUCUGCACCUGUCCUGCCGGCUUUGUGGGAGGUGCUUGUAACCAGGACAUGGACGAAUGCUCCAUUGGUGCGAACCCAUGUGAACACUUCGGGAAGUGCGUAAACACAGAGGGCUCCUUCCAGUGUCAGUGCGGCCGGGGGUACGCGGGCCCACGUUGUGAGAUCGACAUCAAUGAAUGCCUCUCCAUGCCUUGCCAGAACGAUGCCACUUGCCUGGACCGCAUCGGAGAGUUCACCUGCAUUUGCAUGCCAGGCUACAUGGGGACUUACUGCGAGAACGACAUCGACGACUGUGAGAGUAACCCGUGUGUAAAUGACGGCAUCUGUCGGGACAUGGUCAACGGCUUUUCAUGCACCUGCCAACCUGGCUUCACGGGCACCAUGUGUCAGAUCGACAUCGACGAGUGCGCCAGCACCCCCUGCCAGAACGGAGCCAAGUGCUACGACCGGCCCAAUGGCUUCGAGUGCCGCUGUGCUGAAGGAUACGAGGGCACACUCUGCGAAAGCAACACCAACAACUGCCAGCCAGACCCGUGCCACCACGGCACCUGCAUCGACGGCAUUGCCAGCUACACGUGCAACUGCGACGCCGGCUACACGGGCUACCGCUGCGAGAACCAGCUCAACGAGUGCCACAGCAACCCCUGCCAGAAUGGAGGCAAGUGUGUGGACCUGGUCAAUAAGUACAUCUGCCAGUGCCAGCACGGAACAUCAGGUACCAAUUGUGAGAUCAACUUUGACGACUGCGCCAGUAACCCAUGUGACUAUGGCAUCUGUAAAGAUGGCAUCAAUCGCUACGACUGCGUCUGCAAGCCUGGCUUUACUGGUUCAAAGUGUAAUGUGGAGAUAGAUGAGUGCACAUCAAGCCCCUGCCGGAAUGGAGGCACAUGUGUGGAUGAAGAGAAUGGAUUCCACUGCCAGUGCCCGCAGGGGUUCAAGCCCCCGUAUUGUUACUCGCAGGUGGACGAGUGUGGCAGCAGCCCCUGCGUCCAUGGCUCGUGCAGGGACGACAUCAACGGUUACCGCUGUGACUGCGAGCCAGGGUGGGUGGGAAAAAACUGCGACCUCGACAGGAACGACUGCUUGCCAAGCCCGUGCCAAAACGCCGGCACCUGCAUUGAUCAGCUCAAUGGCUUCACUUGCAAGUGUCGCCAGGGCUUCAGAGGUAACCUAUGCCAGGUGAACAUCAACGAGUGUGCGUCCAGCCCUUGCCUGAACAAGGGUACUUGUGUAGACGGGGUGGCGAGUUUCACUUGUCUGUGCGAGCUUCCCUACAGUGGACCAACUUGCGCCGAAGUGCUGACCCCUUGCUCGCCAAACCCUUGCGCAAAUCAGGCGGUCUGCACCCACACUCCAGACUACAUGGGCUAUCAGUGCAACUGCCAGCCCGGUUGGCAAGGGCAGCUGUGCAACAGAGAUGUGAACGAAUGCCUCGCAAAUCCCUGCAAAAACCGCGGGACUUGCUCCAACACACUUGGGUCUUUUGUGUGCUCCUGCAGACCGGGCUUCACUGGACCCACAUGUGAAACAGACACUAAUGACUGCUCCCCAAAUCCAUGCCUAAGCGGAGGCUCCUGUACAGAUGGCAUUAACUCCUUCCACUGUAGCUGCCUGCCGGGCUUCACCGGGCCGCGCUGUGCUCUGGAGAUCAACGAAUGCCAGAGUUUGCCCUGCAAAAAUGGAGGCACGUGCACAGACUAUGUGAACUCUUAUACUUGCACCUGUAGGCCCGGCUUCACUGGCAUCCACUGUGAAACCAACAUACCGGAUUGCACGGAAAGCUCUUGCUUCAAUGGAGGAACAUGCACAGACAAAGUCAAUGGCUACUCCUGCUCCUGCCGCUCUGGCUUCACCGGUUCUCACUGCCAGUACGAGGUCAACGAAUGUGACUCUCAACCUUGCCUUAACGGAGGUAUCUGUCAAGACGCCUUGGAGUCCUUCCGUUGCACCUGCCCAAAAGGCUACGCUGGCACCCGUUGUCAAACACCAGUCGACUGGUGCAGACGCUCCUCUCCCUGCCAGAACGCAGGACGCUGUCGUCAAAAAGACUCGUCUUUUGUCUGCGAGUGCUCUAAUGGCUGGUCUGGACGUUACUGUGACAUCCCCAGGCUCUCCUGUGAGACAGCAGCUCGCCAAAGAGGACUCCAGACAGACGAGCUGUGCCAUCACGGCGGACACUGCGUCAACAGUGGCAACACACACUACUGCAAGUGUCCCGGCGACUACACCGGCAGCUACUGCAAGAGCCAAGUGGACCACUGCGAGGACAAGCCCUGUCGCAAUGGUGCCACCUGCAGGGGAUAUGUUGGAGGAUACCAGUGUGACUGUAUGCCAGGUUUUACUGGUCAGAACUGUGAGCUGGAGAUCAAUGAGUGUCAGUCCCAUCCUUGCCAGAACGGAGGCACAUGCAUCGAUUUAGUCGGACAUUACAUCUGCUCAUGCCCACCUGGCACGCUGGGCGUUCUGUGUGAGAUAAACGAAGAUGACUGCGCCCCGCCCCUGAGACUGCGCGGUGUCCCUCCCAAGUGUCUCAACAACGGCACCUGCGUGGACAGGGUGGGCGGAUACCGCUGCAAUUGUCCCCCCGGGUUCACUGGCGAACGAUGCGAGGGAGACAUCAACGAGUGUCUGUCCAGCCCGUGCAGCCCCUCCAACAGUUUGGACUGCGUCCAGCUGCCCAAUGACUACCAGUGUGUCUGCAAGCCCGGCUUCACAGGUCGAAGGUGUCAGAAUAGGUUCAGUGCGUGCGAAUCUCAGCCGUGUCAAAACGGAGGAGCGUGUUCUGCAUCCAGUUCUGCAGUUGGCUACACGUGCACGUGCCAGCUGGGAUACACUGGUCCCAAUUGUGAACGAAGCAUGUCCUGCCAGGAGCUGUCUUGCUACAACGGGGGAAGCUGCGCCCUCACCACGCGGGGAGCCCGCUGUACCUGCCUGCCAGGUUACGGCGGGCCGCAGUGCGCCCACCGCAGCAACGAAGGGUGCUCUUCCCAACCCUGUCGCAAUGGCGGACUGUGCACCGAGGAGACCGGCUUCCCUUUCUUCCACUGCCAGUGUCCCAGUGGCUGGACAGGGAAACGCUGCGAGCAGGGCGGCCGGCUCAACGAGAUCCCAACGCUCUCAUGCCCGCUGGCCGACUGCCACGGCAAAGCUAACGACGGCGUUUGCGACAAGGAGUGCAGCACAUUGGCUUGCCGUUGGGACGGCGGCGACUGCUCCCUGGCCGUCAACCCCUGGGCCCGGUGUGCGGACCCCCGCUGCUGGCGGGUCUUCAACAACAGCCAGUGUGACGAAUCGUGCAACAAUGCGGAUUGUUUGUAUGACAACUUUGACUGCAAAACCAAGGAGAAAGUUUGCAAUCCCAUAUAUGAGACCUACUGUAUCGACCACUACGCCGACGGCCUGUGUGACCAAGGAUGCAACACAGAGGAGUGUGGUUGGGACGGGCUGGACUGCGCCCAGAAGGUUCCAGAAGACAUCGUCGAUGGGGCUUUGGUUCUGGUGGUCCUUCUGCCUCCUGAGGAGCUCCUCCGCACCAGCACGGCGUUCUUGCUCAAGUUGAGCGCCAUCCUUCACACAACACUGCGUUUCCGCCUGGACCACAACGGAGAAGCCAUGAUUCGUCCUUACACCCGGCGGGAGGCGCGCUUGAAGCGCGAGCUGCAGCCCCAGCAGGAGAUCAUUGGCUCCAUCGUGUACUUGGAAAUAGACAACCGCUUGUGCACUGAUGACUGCUUCCCGUCCCCUGAAAGCGCUGCAGACUACCUCGGAGCGCUGUCGGCUGUGGAAAUGCUCCGCUUCCCAUAUCCUCUCAAAGAAGUCCGAGGUGAAAGGAUCCCAGUCGACCCUGACCCCAUUCCUCAGUGGGGCAAGCUGAUGCUGGUCGGGAUCACCUCGCUCUUCCUGCUGGUCAUCAUGGUGAUCGGCAUGUUGAUUUCCCGUCGAAAGAGGGAGCACAGCACCCUUUGGUUCCCCGAAGGCUUCUUCCCCAAAAAGGAGCCGAGCAGCAACAAGAACAGGCGGGAGCCAGUGGGCCAGGAUGCUCUAGGAAUGAAACAUAUGCCCAAAACCGUUGAGGAAUCUCUGCUAGGAGAUCACAGUGACCAGUGGAUGGACGCAGACUGUCCAGAGCCCAAAAGACUAAAGAUGGAGGAGCCGAGCAUUCUAUCAGAGGGUGAAGACGCGGUGGACAGCCGGCAGUGGACGCAGCAUCAUCUGGCUGCAGCGGACAUCCGCGUCCCACCCACCAUGGCGCUCACACCACCUCAAGGGGAGUUUGAAAGCGACUGCAUGGAUGUUAACGUCCGAGGCCCAGAUGGUUUUACACCACUAAUGCUGGCAUCGUUCUGCGGAGGCGGCCUGGAGUCAGAGGUGGCCGAGGAGGAAGAGAGCGAGGAGUGCUCGGCCAACAUCAUCUCCGACCUCAUUUACCAGGGCGCAUCCCUCGCCGCUCAGACGGACCGCACGGGCGAGACGGCGCUUCACCUGGCAGCCCGGUACGCCCGCGCCGACGCCGCCAAGAGACUUUUGGACGCCGGAGCGGACGCCAAUGCUCAGGACAACACUGGGCGCACGCCUCUGCACGCCGCAGUGGCGGCGGAUGCACAAGGGGUAUUCCAGAUUCUGAUCAGAAACAGGGCCACAGACCUUGACGCUCGCAUGUACGACGGCUCCUCUGCACUCAUCCUGGCUGCCAGACUGGCAGUGGAAGGAAUGGUGGAGGAACUCAUCACGUGUCAUGCAGACGUUAAUGCAGUUGAUGAACUCGGUAAAUCCGCCUUGCACUGGGCUGCUGCUGUCAACAAUGUGGACGCUACUGUGGCCCUGCUGAAGAACGGAGCAAACAAGGACAUGCAGGAUCUAAAAGAGGAGACGCCUUUGUUCCUUGCGGCUCGCGAGGGAAGCUGCGAGGCGGUCAAAAUCCUGCUGGCUCACUUUGCCAACCGGGAGAUCACAGACCACAUGGACAGACUGCCCAGAGACAUCGCUCAAGACCGCAUGCACCACGACAUCGUGCAGAUCCUGGACGAGUACAACACUGUCAGGAGCCCCCAGGGCCACGGUGGGGCCGGACUUCACCUUUCCAGCGGGCACACACUGUCUCCCCUCAUGUGCCCGCCCAGCGCCUUCCUGCCGAGCCUGAAGACCACCCCGCAGGGCAAGAAGAACCGCCGCCCCGGGGCCAAAGGUUCCAACCUGGGAAAUCAGCACGCCAAUAGUCUGAAGGAGUCCGUGAAGGCCCGGAACAAGAAGCUGACCUUGGACAUGCAGAGCGCCUUACUGGAAAGCUCCGUCACGCUCUCUCCUGUCGACUCACUAGACUCGCCUCACGGGGGCGCCAGCAACGCCGGCUACAUCACCAAUCCCACGUCCCCCGUGGCCAUGCCGUCGCCAGGGCUCUUCCACUCGUCCAUGUCGGUCCCCAGCACCCCCAUGGUGCACGGGAGCAUGCUGGACGGGAGCGGCCCCUUCACCGUGUCCCUAGCCCAGCUCAGUGACAUGGGAAACGGCGGCAUGUCUCUGCAGGGCCGCGUCUCCAUGCCGUCCGACGUCAACCGCGGUUACGUGCUGAACUCGGGCCAGAUGGGGCUCAACAUGGGCAUGGUGAGCCCGGUCAGCGUGCCCUUUGACUGGCACAGCCGAAUGGGCCCCUCCUCUCAGUGCGGCCAACAGGUGGUCAACCUGGUGCACGGCAGCCAGGGGUCCAUGCACCCCCAGAGCUCGGUCAUGCAGCAGCAGCAACAGAACAUGUUGAUGCACCAGCAGAUGUACCGCGGCGCCAUGUUGCAGCCCACGCCCGUCACCUCCACGCCCAGCGUCAGCCCGGUCAAGCUGCCCUCCAUCGCCGAGCAGCAGCUCCUCGGCCACUCCAUCAGCAGCCAGCAGAACAUGGCCCGCAUGGGCACCUCCACCCCGCCCACACCGCAGACUUCACAGCCCCCACCGCCUUUCUUCCAGCAGAUGCAGCAACCUUCUCAACCCCCGCCGUCAGCCGUUGUGGCCCCGCCCCCUCAGGCGCCGCUUCCCCAGCCAAGCAGCAGCAGCAGCAACGUGGCGGAAGACUACCCGACGCCGCCCUCGCAGCACAGCUACUCGUCGGCGCUCGACGCCACGCCCAAGCAUUACCUCCACCUGCCCAGCGAACACCCCUACUUGACCCCCUCGCCGGAAUCGCCCGAGCCCUGGUCCAGCCCCUCCCCCCAGUGCGUCUCCGACUGGUCCGACUCGACGCCCAGCCCGGCCGUCGCCGUCGCCGGCUCCGCCCAAACCCAAAUUCCAAAAAUCCCGGAGGCGUCCAACGGCAAGAUGCAGGUGUUUGCGUGAAUAUCCCAGGAGAAGAAAGACGCGGGGGUACGAGAAAUUCAGGACUGGCUCUCGGGGGGCCCCAACUGUGUUUAUGUGUCAGCCGCUUUCCAAGAUUUUUUAUUGGAUUCGGAUUGACUUAACGACGAGGACGUCUGCUGGUGUGAUGAUAGCAGAGGCGUAAAAGAAACCAGUAAAGGGAAACGUGUGUUGUCUGGGGAACAAGCAGGCAACUGAAUGAAGUAAUUCUGUCACAGAUGGACUUUAUUAUUAAGAAAUAAAUAGAAGUAUAUGAAGAAAACUUAAGUCUUUUAUUUCAAAGACUUUGGGAUACUUUCUGUAAAACUAACAUUUAAAAGUAGAUUGGAAAAAAAAAAAAAAAAGCUGAAGGGAAUCCAUUUAUUUUUUUAUUUAUUGUUUCGUUUUGUUUUUUUAGAUACUCGUUUUGUCCUAGUUCCACUCAAAAUAAUGCGCCGUAGGGCUGGGCGAUAUGGCCUUUUAUUAAUAUCUCGAUAUUCUUAGGCCAUGUCACGAUACACCAUAUAUAUCUGGAUAUUUUGCCUUAGCCUUGAAUGAACAAUUGAUGCAUAUAAUCACAGCAGUAUGAUGAUUCUAUGUGUCUACAUUCAAACAUUCUUCUUCAAACUGCAUUAAUAUAUGCUACUUUUAAACUUUCAUGCAGAGAGGGAAAUCACAACUAAAAGUGUAUUUAUUAAACAGUUAUUAAGCAGUGGCACAAACAUUCAUGUCAUUUCCAAAACAGAAAGUGCAAGAUUGUCAGAUACAUUUUAAAACAAGCUAUUAGUGCACUUUUGUGCAUGAUGUCGCUAAGAUGACAUAUGAAAACAACACUAAAUUAAAGCUGCAAGCAGCGAUGGACUGGACCGACUUUGAAGGCUCAUAAAAUCCAAACCGGAGCAGUAAUUAAAACUCUUUUAUCAACUUUUAAUCAGAAGGGUUCAAUCUCUCUCCUGUGCUAAUUUGAAGCCGACACGACAAACGCGCUCAGAGGAGAUAAUGUUUGAAAAAAGGUGACUGUUUUUACUCAACUUUUGUUUUGAAGGGGGAAUUGCAAACUUCCUGUUGAUUUUUGCUGGGGGUUGUCAGUGUAUGAAAUCUAGGUCUAAGUGAGACCUACAUAGAGGUUUUUGUUUCAUGUGUCUACGACAUUCCUACUGGGAGUUAGAGGCAGUUUUGUCUGUGUUUUCUUCCUAGGGGGCGCUAGAGCGCAAUUUUGAGUUUUUUUUUUUUUUUAUUAAAUCGCAAUUUUCGCCAGUCCUGAUGUGUGUGUCUAAUUUGGUGAGUUUUGAAGCAUGUUAAGAGGGUCAAAUUACGGCUCAAAGAGGCGGCGGUAUAAUAAUAAAACGCUAGAAAUUCAAUAGGGUCUUCUGUCCCAAAGGGACUCGGUCCCUAAUUAAAGUGCACUUUUUGUACAGAACGCCAAUACAAUAGUUUAAAACAAAUAAAGUGCACUUUUGUGCAUGAUGUCACACAAGAUAUUUCAAUAAGUGUCACAUAAAAAUGAGCUGCAUAAUAGGAAAUCAAAUAGUGUAUGUCCUUCGCUAUGUGGUAGGUUCCUGCAGACGUUAUCUCCUUCUGUUGUUGACUAUUUGUUUCAUACGGUGUUGAUCUGGAAAUGGUUGCUUGGGCAUUUUGUGGGUGUGGCACCGAACGGAGAUGUUGACAUGCGGAGUUUCAAGCACUCUUCAUUCUCUCGCGGGUGACUUUUCAAAUGAUGCUACAUUAGCGGUAAUGCUACUUUUUGUAGCAACGCUUUUGCCGCAUACUUGACAUAUUACGGUUGUCUGUUCAACAUCUUCCCGCUUGAAGCCAAACCACCCCCAGACGAUGGACCACCUGCUAUGUUUUCUUAGGAAUUAAUUAUUCCUUCAUUUGUUACCAGAUUCGCACCUUCUCUCUCUCGUGUUACCACUCGCACCGCGCCGUUAGCAUCACAGCUAACGUUACCAUGUCGCUACCCGUCUGCUCCGCGGGAGCGUGUGACGUUGCACGCGUGACGUGUGUAAGAAGGUGCGCUUGUUUCAAGUCCCUGUUAGAAGGAGAGACAAGAAAGAGUGGGAAACUCAUGCAGUUUAAAAGCAACUGCGUGAGAACGUAUACCGUAUUUUUCGGAGUAUAAGUCGCACUGGAGUACAAGUCGCAUUUUUUGGGGGAAAUUUAUUUGAUAAAACCCAACAGCAAGAAUAGACAUUUGAAAGGCAAUUUAAAAUUAAAGCUGCAAGCAGCGUUGGUCGGGUCCGCAUUUUGGCAGGUGCUAGUCCUAGGUGUCCCAAUACUUUUGUCCAGUGGUAGUCCUGAGUGAGACCUACAUAGAGGUUUUUGUUUCGUGUCUCUACGAUAUUCGUACUGGGAGUUAGAGGAAGUUGUGUCUGAGUCUUUUUCCUAGAUGUUGCGGCACAGUGGUUGUUUUCUUUGAAGGCGCGUAAAAUCACAGCAGCGGAGCAGCUUUAGUGCUGCGGGUCUUUGAAGGCUCGUAAAAUCAAAACGGUAGCACUAAACGAAACGCCGUCGUCAACUUUUAAUGAGAAGGGUUCAAUCUCUCUCCUGUAGCAGUUUGAAGCCGAAACAACAAACGCGCUCAGAGGAGAUAACGUUUGAUGUUUGGUGACCGGUUGUAACAAAAAUUUAGAUUUGAAGGAGGAAUAGCAAACUUCCUGUUGAUUUUUGCUGAAGGAUGUCAACCUAAGAAAUGUAGGUCUAGGUGAGACCUACAUAGAGGUAUUUGUUUCAUGUCUCUAAGACGUUCCUACCGGAAGUUACAAGCAGUUUUGUCUGAGGUUUCCUCUGAGGAGCAGUUUUUUCUCUGUUUUAUUUAAAAAUUGCUCUAGAGCACAAUUUUGAGUUUUGGGGUUUGUUUUUUUUUUAAGGUCGCAAUGUCGAUGUGUGUGAGAAGUUUGGUGAGUUUUGAAGUAUUUUAAGGGGGUCAAACUACUGCUCAAAGAGGCAAAAAUUAGUUUUUUUAGUACAAUUUUGUCUUGAAGGGGAAAUUGCCAACUUCCUGUUGGUUUUUGCCCGAGGAUGUAAAAUUAUGAAAUGUAGGUCUAAGUCUGACCUACAUAGAGGUUUUUGUUUCAUGUCUCUACGACCUUCCUAGUGUGAGUUACAGGCAGUUUGUUUUUGUUUUUUCCUAGGGGGCGCUAGAGCGCAAUUUUGAUUUUUGGGGUUUGGUUUUUUAUUAACUUGCAAUUUUCGCAGGUCCUGAUGUGUGUGUCAAAUUUGGUGAGUUUUGAAGCAUGUUAAGUGGGUCAAAAGUCGCUCCUUAGUAUAAGUCGCACCCCCGGCCAAACUAUGAAAAAAACUGUGAUUUAUAAACCGAAAAAUACGGUACUCGAAUAUCACGAUAUAGUCAUUUUCUAUAUCAAACCCGCGAUGUAUCGAGUAUAUUCCAUAUAUCGCCCAGCCCUACGCCGCAGCCUUAACUUUUUAUUUAGACUUUUUUUUUUUAAACCAUCUUUAUUUCUAUGUUGCCUAAUUUAAUUUAUCGUUCAGGCCCGCUCAUCGCCUCCUGCUAUUUAUUUAGGCCCCCAAGCAUAGCUGAUGUGUGGUCAUUGUGCUUUUUUUUGUUUCCCAUUGGCGUAUUAAGAUUGAAGAAUGUAGACGAGUGUGUCUGAAGCACUUCAAAGUGACUAAAAAGGUCAAUUUAAGCCACCGUGGAUAUUUAUGGAACAGGAGUGGCCUUUAAAAACAAACGGAAUUCCUUCACUGUAGCCUCUCACUGACUUUUUAGUUGUUGUUUUUUUUUAUAUCAUUUUAAAGGACUUAAAAAUGCCUUUAAAGUCAGCCUGUCACUGCCUUUUGUAUUGUUUGUUUCCUUGUUUAAUUCCACAUUCCUUUUUUUGUAGUGUCAACUCAAGCUAUGCUCCCAAGCUGCUAUUUUUCAUCAUUCCUCCUUACAAAUUUCAAUAUUUAGUUAUUGUUCAGCAUGCGUGAACUCAAGUGUAACAUUGGUGGUGUUGCGGUGUAAUCCUUAAAAUGAUUGUUAGAAGAGACUGAAGGAAGGAACGCUACUGUGUAGUGCUGCACCUUUUUUACUUUUGACUCAUUCCCAGGACGACCGGAGAUCUUCCAAGAUGAACUUCAAAAAUAACCUUUUUUUAUAUUACCCAACAAGAACAAGUGGAUAACCGCUCUUGUAGCUACUACGACUACUUCUACUACUAGUUUAUAUUGAUUGGUUUGUUCACUAUUUUCACAAUUGUUGUUGUUGUUGUGUUAUUUUUUUUAUAAAUAUAUAUAUUAUGUCACUUACCUGCCAGUUUGCUACCAGGUCGCACUGAGUGUUUGUACAUUUCAACUUUCAAACCUUGUUUUUCUUUUCUGUUUGUAAAUAUGUUUGUUUACUGGGUAGAUCUUUGCUUGAAAAAGUCUUAUGUUUCUAAAAUGAUUAUGUACUAAAAAGGACAAAAAUAAAAUGUACUUCAUUUAGCAUCA